AUGUCAACUCCCAAAGGCACUGUGCUGGUUACCGGUACCAAUGGAGGACUUGGUUCCGCCAUUAUCACUGAUAUACUUCACAAGCCCGAGUUGGCGAGUAAUUAUACAGGGCUGUACACUGUCAGAAAAGCAGCAACGGCAACUCGACUCCAGAAGAUUUUGAGUGCAGCUUCAAAGUCUCACAAACACGAUGUUAUCGAUAUGGAUCUCAGCUCACUGGCCAGCGUCAAGGCGACGGCAGCUGAGAUCAACCGUCGAGUAGCUGCUGGAGACUUGCCUCCUAUCAGGGUUCUUAUCCUCAACGCCGGGUAUCAAGAUCACGAACAAAUUACCAUGACGGACGAUGGCUACGAGACUACCUGGCAAGUGAAUUACUUGGCCAACCAACUCCUGGUUCUCCUUCUACUUCAGAGUAUGGAUAAAGAGAAGAGUAGGAUACUCAUCAUUGGGAGCUGGUCCCAUGACAUUGAUGAUUCGCGUAACAACCUGGGCGGCGCGGCCUGUUAUGAGGGUUAUGAUAGCCUCUUUCCUGGUCCAGAUGAGCUCGCCAAGGGUAAAUGGAGUAGGCCAGACACUGGCGGAGGGUGGCUUACUGGCUUUCGACGAUAUGGAGCAAGCAAGUUGUGUGCCGUGAUGCUCAUGCAUGAGCUAGUGAACCGUCUCGCCCAAGAUCCGCAACUGUCCAAUAUCACAGUAACCGGCCUAGACCCAGGUGCUAUGGGUUCUGACCUCGUCCGAAGAGGUAGUUCUCUCAUGUAUAAUACCAUUAAGAUCGCCCUCCCGAUUGUUUCUCCUCUUCUUGUCUGGUACAACCCCAACGGACCUUAUCGUCCCCUGUAUAAAAGCGCUGCGGAUGCAGUCCGCCUGUCUUUUGAAACAGAGGCCCCAAAGGGCAGAUUGCUGUAUUCGAAUGGCACGGAUGAACUUGAGACGGGAAAAGAAGCAAGAGAUGAAGUCAAAAGAAGAUCCUUGUGGGUCUAUGGGUUGGAAGCGGCUCAAAUUAAGCAAGGAGAUACGAUUUUACAAGACUGGCAGUAA